AUGGAUUCAUUUAAUGAUCUACUCAAAAGAUUUGACAAUGGUGAGAUAUUUACCUACCUCGUUGAUAUGAGCAGAAAGCUCUCCAAGGAAGAAGAAGGCUUGGAUGAAUCUGACUAUCAAAUAUAUCGCGAUCAAUUGAAUCAACUUAUUGAUGAACAAAGAAAGAGACAACCACAACCAGUAAUAAAAAAGAAGAAAGGAAAUGAAGCUGCCACCCCAGAGCCCAAAGUCCAAUCUUCAAUGAAUAUAUUUAGAUUAGUCUCGCGAAACUUGGUCCUGGUACUACGUGUUCAAACUUCGAAAGUAUAUGAUAUGGCGAACCUGUUGUUGAAUGACGUAUAUUUAGACGAGCAUGGCAACUUGCGCCAACUGUCCAAAGUCGCUAUAAUUAUCCUCAUUGAUUUAUUUGAUCAUUUUGCAAGUCAAUUGGGAUCGUUGAUAAGCUUUUCUGUGGCUCAGAUUUACAAGAUUUUGAAAAAAGAUGCAAAUGUCGACGCUGACUUGGUUUAUUUGUUGUAUUCAGCUUCCAAAAAUGCAACAAAACAGGACAUUGAUGACAAAUUGUGUGCCAAGUUGAUCAAGAUUACAACAAAGUCAAUUUUGCAAGAAAGCAUCUCAUUCGACAUGGAUGAUGAAAAAUGCGCCUCAACUGUGCUUUUGAAAAAAAAUUACACCCAAUGUCUCAAAAGCCUUUUAAUCUUGAGUAUAUCAAGCCACUAUGAGUCUUUGUUGGAGGCUUCGGCUAGCUCAAGCUCAGCUGGGGCCAAGAUGAAACCGGAAACUAUCAUGACCCAACAGCACCAUUACCAGCAAAAUUUAUUAACUACUCACGAAAAUGUGUUUGGAUAUUGUUUGUCAUGUCCGUUAAAAGAAGUACGUGUGGCUGGGAUAGACUUGUUGGCAAAUCUUUUCAUCAAUUUUAUCCCCACUGGUAAUUUCAAUGCCAUUGAAUACUUGAUCACAUUUUACCCCUUGCCAGACCAGAAUAAUUGGGACGCAAGCUUAUCAGUGAAGAUUGACAACAACGGGGAACCAUUGAUAGAAACCAAGAGGGAUAAAAACUCAAUAGUCAACCAUGAUAGUCAAGCUGUUAUCAAUAAUAAGUUGGAAAAAAAUCUUUUACAAUCAAGUAUUGCUGCCAGUAUCAUAUUCUAUAUCCAGAUGGAACAGUUUCAAAACCCGGAAUAUUUGUCCACAAACUUGAUAAACAUCUUGCAGUUGGUGCUUUUGAAAUUUGACGACUUGAGACUUGAUAAUGAUAAAAUAAUUCAUAUUCAGGAUACACAUUGGAACAAAACUUUGACAAACUGGACCGUUGUCCUUGACUAUAUUGUCAAGGAAACUGGCUCUGCUGCUGGUGAUGUUCUUGCAAGCUAUUUGUACUCAAAAUUAAAUCACAACAGUAGAUCUGCCAAUGCCGGUAAUGGAGACAAUGCUGAGCAGAUUUCGUUAAAUAGGGACAGAAAGAGGGAAUCAAGAAUAUUUGGAUUCAAAACCACCAAAACUUCAAAAAGGAAAACAACCGGUUCGGAUAUCAAUAUUUAUACGAAUCCAUAUCAAGCUUGUCUUGUGUUGUCUGUCAUUGAAAAUAUCAUCCCAUCCGGAAUCAAAAUCGACAGCUCUGAUGAAAGGGACAAAGAUGAAGAGAAGACAAGUCUUGAUGAGUUGGAUGACGAUUUGGAGAUGGCAAAUAGCAAUGACUCUCGAGGAUUAUCGUUUUUGGAAACUACUUUGUUUACUUUGAUUGCCAAUGAUAAUGAAUACACGCGUAAUUAUGCCAUAAAAGCAUUGUUGGUUUACGCACGGUACAAUCCGGCCAUAAUUAACCAGUUGAUACUAUUCGCAUUCAAGUUUGUUGACCAAGAGCAUAAACAUUCCGAAAAGGCAUCAACAAAGGGGCAACACAAUACAUGCGGUAUAUCUUCGGUGAGACUUCUUAGCUACGCGUUGGCAUUGCUGUCGUUAAUCAAGCAAACAGAUCCAGCUUUACUCCAGAAUACAAUAAUUGUCAAAGUAUUGAGUUUUUGCACCCAGAAUUUGAAACAUAGUGGCAACUCAAACAUCAAAAACUCUAGUUGUUGGAUCAUAUUGUCUUCGUUGGUUUCGUUGUACAACUUUUCCGAGUAUGUCAAAUUGAAUUCAUCGCAGUUUUUAAUCUUUUGGAAAAGUUUACUCACGUCACAGUUUCUUGGUGUCAAUUCUUCUUCGUCGUCAUCGGGAAACGAACAAACCAAUGAAGUCAUUUCCAAUUUGAAAGUGAGAGCGUUUGCUUUGGUGUGUUUGCACAACUACUUGAAGUCAGUUGACUUGACCCCGGAAUCAUUCAAGCAAGUGCUGUUCUUGUUGACCAAAUCUUACAAUUACUUGUCACAUUUGGAAAGCAACAUUGAAAAUGUGAGUUCUGUUACAACUUUGAACUCAUCCUAUUUCAAUGAUUAUGACUAUAACCCCAACUUACUCAAUAACAUUUUAUACUCCAAUCAUUCGUUCAAUGGGAAGUUGAAUCCGGAACGAAUGAUUGUUAGUUUGGUGUUUUACAGCAAGAAAGUGAUUUUACAAAGCUAUAAAGAGAUUGCAAAUUCCCUCAAAAGUGAAAUCAACUCUAAUCUUGUUAUUUUUCUUAUUAGAAUUUUCAGUGAUCACAAGAUAUUUUCGAGAAACAUUUCAUCCGAGAGCGACAAGUCAACAAAGAGCAAAUUAAAAUACCCAUCAUCACAUUCAAGCUUGAUUGAUGAAUCUUCGAUUUAUUUGGGCGAGGAUUACAACUACAAUUUUGGGUUAACGAGCAAAUGGCCGUAUGAGACCACAGAGGGAUCUACUGGAUACACGGACCUGGAGGAUGCGCUGAAUAAUACGGUUCUUCAAAGUGAAAGUGUUUUCGCGUUACACAAGACUGAACAAGCGACAUAUUGGUUCCAUUGUUUUGAAAAAGUUGCAUUUUCUACAUCAACUCUGUCUAUAUCAUUCGAUCCCAACGAUUUCUUGAUUAAUGAUUCUCCGUUAAAUGGCAAAUCCUCAUCGUUGCUCAUGACCUCGUUAGUUGAUCUUGCAAUAGAUUUGUUUGAAGCACUGUUUGCUCAUUUGACGAGCAAGAUUCAGUUUUCGUUAUUGGAACAAAUUCGGAACUCGCUCACGGCACAUCAAGUUGAUGAGUUGAGAUUGAAAGCUGUAAUGUUGAAUGUUUCAAUUGCGAUGAAUGGCGUGGUGAAAAACAUGUCUGAUAAGAACUUGACGUUAGAGAUUGGGGUUGCGUCAACUUUGAUUGACGUUAUCAAGAAAAUCAACCUCCAAAAUGUGGAGCUUCUUACUAUGAAUGCCGAAACAAUAGGAUUAAUCGCGCUACUUAUCAAUAGAGAUGAGGUUCAUGGGGUCAUAACCAACCUUAUAAAUGACGUUGUUACUGAUGAAAAUCCUUUCCAAAGGGGAUUCUCCAUCUUAUCGAUGGGUAACAUACAUUUGAGGAGAAAAAUUGGACUCAAGGAAACUUACAACAUCGUAACUCAAUUGAUAAAUGAUCAAAACCCUGUCAUUUACUACUUCACGUUGAAAAGUCUUGUACAGAUUUUCGAAUCCAACUCGGAUAUGUCAUCAUUAGCACCACAUGUGUUGGAAAGGUUAUGCAGCAACUAUUUGAAUGAUAGUUUUGGAUAUGACGUUAAGAGUAACAUAUCCAUAAAUCUCAAAACAAGGUUCGGCUCGAUUGGGUUAAUGUCAAAAUUAUUGCAGUUGAUUAUCACUUCCUUGGGCCCGGCACUCCGUGAAUGGCAUACUCAUAACAAGGCAAUGUUGCGGAAUUUAAUUGUUGCUUUGAGUUAUGGUAUUGGUCUAGCUACUUUGGAUGAUUACAUUAAGGUAUAUCAACAGUUGAUGGAGCUAUUCAAAGAGUUGAUCAUAUUUGAUCCAAAUCUCAUUGAAGGGGAAAUUGGCGUGUUUACAAAGUUACUAAACUUGAUCAUUUCAAAAAACUUGAAAAUCGCCGUAACAUGUGUGUCUCCAACGUCAUUAAACACUGAUUCGAUAUUUCCAUUCACCACGAGUUUUGACUUGUAUUCUUCAGCAUACAGUUGUUACUACGAACUUGUUAAGAUCUUUGGUGUUGGGAUAAUCUCACCAGAGACCGAGUACUUGUUUUGGGUAUCAAUGAAUAUUAUACCGUGCCCAGAAUUGGAACGACUUGUUUUGCUUUGGAUAGAGUGCAGUUUGGACAAAAACUGGUUCAACACAUUGAAUACAUUGCUCAAAUCAAGUAUGAAGAAAUUGGUGGAUCCAUUCCUCGAGUCCAAUUAUCAACAAAAGUUAUUACCAUUGAGUCAAAGACAAAAGAAGCAUAGUAAAGCCAAUGUUGUUGAUUUCAAGGACGAAGAAAAUGAAGUGAUUGUUGAUGAAGAUGAGGUAAAAUUGGAAAAAAAUGAGCCCAUUACAUUGAACUUUAGAUUGUUCAUUUAUGAUGCAUUGAACCAUUUGUUGCUGAUGGCAUAUAAGAACCCGAAGUUGAUUGAGCGAUUGAAAAUAAAAAUUGCUGAAAUUGUUAAACUUUCAUUUCUAGGUGCCUCUUCUCCUAUUCUUGACUUGAAGUUGAAAGGACUUGAUUUGUUAAACUCAGCAUUGGAAUUGUUUGGUGACCUCGAGGAUCCAUUAUAUCCUUCCACAUCGAUCUUGGAGCAACAGCAAGCUCAGAUCAUUAGUGCAUUGGUGCCUUGCUUUACUCCUGGAAAUGAUUACAAGGUGAUUGUACAUGCUAUUGGGGUCUCCUCCAAUUUCAUCAACUUGCCCCGCAUAAAGUAUUAUUCAAAGCAAAGAAUUUUGAAAACAUUGAUACAAUUAUUGGAGGAAAUCUCUUCAAACAAAUUUUUGAAAUUUGGGUUUUUGGAAGAUAUGUCGGAAUUUGGAAAAAAGAGUAUUCAGUUGGCAAUUUUGAAUUGUUGGGCGUUGUUGAGGAUUGAAGCUUACGAGGAGUCAGAUCAAAAUGAAGAUGAAUUUGAACAAGUGUUGGAAAAAUAUUCACAAUUGUUGAUCUCAUUAUGGAUUUUAUCAUUGAGAGAGUAUUCCAUUGUCAAGUAUAGCGAGUCAUCUAGUAGAGAACUCGAGAUUUAUGGCAAUUAUUGGAUCAAUUUGGUAACAGUAUUGAGUUUGGAGACCGAAACAAAUUACACAUUAAUCAACGAGUCUCUUUCCGGAGAUAGUGAAAACUUUUUUUUCAUCUUGUUCAGUCAAUGUAUUGAGUCAUUGAUUAAAAACAAAAAUGUUGUCCCGAUAUUGAAAUCGUUUAACAAGUUGAUGCGCAUAAGCAGCUUGGUUGACUUGUUAUUCAACGAUCACAUCUUUGGCGAGUUGAUUGAUGUUGUUGAUCGAUUCAUGUUGGUUGAAGACGAUGCUGAAAUCCAGUGUUUGUUCUUGGAUAGUAUGGAGGCGGCGUUCCGUACCUACAUCUCAUCUCAUAAAGCUGAUUUGGAGUCAGGAUUUGACAAGUUGUUUGAAUUGAUUAGAGUAACAAUGAUUCCUUUGUUUAGGAUCCUCCCUUUCCUCAAAUCUGAUUUUGACAAUAGCUCGGACAAUUAUGAGACAUUAAUCAGAAAUGCAGAAGGUGCACCAAAUCUAUUGAUAUUGAAAAAGACGUUUGAGAACUUAGUCAAGAUGAUUACGUUAUUCCCCGAUAUUGUCAAGAAAGAUCUUUAUUCUUGUCUUCUUUACAUUUUCGCAAAAGUCUACGAGAGCAAAAAGGUGUUUUUGAUUUCAGUUAUACUUCCGUAUUUAAAACAGGUUGUUACUGAUAGUCAAAGACUUGGUACUAAUUUUGUCGAGCCAUUUUAUCAAAUUGUUUCAAAAUUUUAUACAAUUGACGCAGCUGAGAAUUACACAAUCUUGACUACGGUUAUUCUUGUCACAUGCGGUGCAAUCAAACUAGAUGAAGAACAAUCAAAAAGAUUGAGCAGUGGAUUGCUUCAAUUGUUACUGAGUGAUAAAACAGCUUCAUUGAGCUUGCAAUGCAUCAAGUCAUUAUUGCAACAAAAUGGUGUCCACGUUGACUUUAUCCUCAAAAAUUUAAUCACUGAUCUCGUUGGUGUUGCUACUGGAAUUGAUCCUGUUGUCGACAUCAGCACCAAAUUAUCAUUUGAAAUAUUGAUCUUGUACACCAAGAAUGUGGUGGAUAACAAACAGAAGUUGGAGGCAAUUUAUUCACUCUUGUUACCUUUAUUGAUCAAAAGAGGUACUGACGAUAAACUAUACACACGCGAUAAACUUUUACAUUUGAUCAGGCAGGAUGCUCUGGUGUUUAAAGAGGUUGUCAAUAAAUGUUUGACCCCAUCACAAAAGACAAUGGCGGAGGAGCUCUUGAAGGUGAAGGGAGAAACUUCGCUGGAUAUUGAAACAGACCCUCAAAUAGAACUAAAAACUUUUGGAUAG